CAGAUCAUUUCUGGACGGCUUGUAUGUUGAAGUCACUGGGUUGUAGAAGAUGUCCGCCGCGGGUGCAGGAGGUUGCGGACCCGGACCAGGACCCAGUGCCGGUCCUGGAUCCGGGGCCUCCAACCCCCGUAAGUUCAGCGAGAAAAUAGCUCUGCACACCCAGCGCCAGGCUGAGGAAACCGCCGCUUUCCAGGAGGUUAUGAUGGACAUUACCUCGACUCGGAUUCAGGCUCAGAAGGUUCGGCUGGCCAGAACACAGGGCCCUUACUAUGGCGGCUCUUUACCAAACGUCAAUCAGAUCGGCAGGAACACCCCCGACCUUCAGGGUGCAUUCCACUCGAACCUGGACUCCAGUCGCUCAACACGACACCACGGGCUGGUGGAGAGGGUCCACAGAGACAGACGCUUCAUCUCUCCCAGCCGGCCAUACAGGAGACAAAUGGACAGCUCUCAUUGCAGCUCAGCGUACCUCUCGCCACCUCCUGACCCCAGCUGGAGAAGGAACUGGUCCAGUAAUUUCUCCAUGGACAAGAACCAGUUGUUCCGUCUUCCCACCACAGCACUCAACAGAACGAACUCAGACUCUGCACUUCACACCAGUGUGAUGAAUCCCCCCGCAGGAGACCCGUUUAGUGCAGGACACACCCUAAACCCGCAGGGAAGACGCAGUGGUUUGAACGAAGGAGAUGGACGGAGAAUGUUUCCAUACCCGGUUCCUCCCAUUGAGGAGAAUGUGUUGGAUGAAGGAAAACUUCUGAAGCCAUGGGAUACUAAAAAGUUACCUAUCCUGACCUCGAGACCAAAAUCUUGUGAAGUCCCUGGAAUCACCAUAUUCCCCUCACCAGACCAGCAGUCCAAUGCCCCUCAUGUCCCGUCUGCACUGAAUACGGGCGGUUCCCUGCCUGACCUGUCCAGCCUGCACUUUCCCUCCCCACUGCCAACACCACUCGACCCAGACGAGCCUGGUUACCCCUCCCUCAGCGGUGGCAACAGCACUGGCAACCUGGCCUCCACCCUCACUCAGCUCGGCAUCAAUACCACCAACGCCUUCCACUCUCCAAGUCUCCUGGCUUCUCUACAGGGCACGCUCAGUAAUCCCUCCCUCCAAUCAUCACUCAGCAACCCAAAUAUCCAGUCAUCUCUGAGCAGCCACUCAUUCCCUAACUCUCUCAGCUCCAACUCCCUUCAGUCUUCACUUAGUAAUCCUUCCCUGCAGUCCUCGCUAAGCUCCUCCCCUUCAUUACAGUCCUCCCUCAGCAACCAGUCCUUGCAGUCCUCUUUGAGUAACUCCUCCCUAAGUGGACAGUCCCACCAGUCAGCAGCUAGUGCAGUGGGCGGGUCAGGCACCUGUUUGAGUUCGUACUCCCCGCUCUUAUCUGGUCAGGUACAACCGCAGCUAAGCACCUCCCCCAGGAGGCGAACCCAGCUCUCACCUCUCAAUCUACCCAUCGGUCCGGAGUCCCGCAGGCAUCUCUCCAAACAGUUCUCUCCCACCAUCUCACCCACGCUGUCCGCCAUCACACAGGGUGUUCCACUUGAUACUAGUAAGCUAGCGAUGGACCAGAGGUUACCGCCGUAUCCCUAUGGUCAGUCCCAGCAGGUCCAGAGCGCUGACACCCAGACAGGCUGCUCCUCACCACAGUCAGCUCAUCCACCAGGCCAGCACCAACAACUACAGCAGCACCAACAACAGCAACAACAACCCGGCCAACCUCCACAUCGCCACCCACACCCACACAUGCAUCACCCCUACACCCAGAUGCAGCCGCAAGCCAUGCACCUGCACAUGCAAAACAUGCAGAACCUGCGCAAAACUCAGAACUUUCAGCUGCAGCAGCAGCUUCAGCGGCAGGGCACCCAGCUCCAGCCGCAGUCUCAGCAGAACCAGAACUGCACGGGUGCCGCAGACACGACGGGACCACUGAACUCGCAGAACAUGCAGGAGCCAGACACGCAGACCAGCAGCCAGGUGGACGAGCAGUCCGCACAGCAAGAUCAGCAGAACCAGAGCCUUCCUCAACUGCAGCAGAUCAGCCAGUCUCUUGCCAGUGAUCUUGGACUUUACAACGACUCAUUGUUACUGAACUCUCUGUUGGAUGAUCCAUACCUGGGAUUGCAGCUCACAGGAAGGCAAAACCAGAACAUUGCUCAACAGUUCAGCAUUGACUCUCAGGUGGAGGGUUUGACCUUUAACCACAAUAUGGGCUCUGGCGGUGUUGGUAAAGGCCAGGACGGCUCCUACUCCAGUCACCAGGGUGUACUAGACCUGCUGGACUCCGCAGAGCACCAGUUCCUCAACCCCAAUCAGAACCAGAACUUUGGCAGCGGACGCCACACUGUCCCCAACAUCAUAUUGACCGGUGAGGGUGGCGACUCUCCUCCUGGUCUGUCUAAAGAGAUCACCAGUGCUUUAUCUGGAGUGCCAGGGUUUGAAGUGGACCCAUUCUCUUCAGAUGACCCACUCAGGAUGGACCCUCUGGCUCUGGACGGACUCGGCAUGCUCACUGACGGAGACCUGAUGCUGGCGGAUCCUGCCGUGGAAGACUCCUUUCGUUCUGACAGACUGAAGUGAAUGAGGGGAAGGAGGAGUGGAUAUGAAGGGGAACGGAAGGACGGGUGGAAGCUUCUAGUAUUCAGGAGGAAACAGAAAUUGGACUCUCCUCCUACAGCAUCUCUGAGCAAAGAGGGAGUCUUUAAGGCAUUCCAGUGGGAUUUCUCCUCACUCUGCACCACCGCUUGAAAACUGCUGAACAGAUUCCUGAAUGGGACCAAAUGCAUUGGCUGAACACGUCUUUUGGUCCAGCUGUUUUGCUCCAUGCGCCAGGCACCGAUAUUUCUCUUGUGAUGCAAAAGUAAAUGUAGGCAUUAGCUUGGCUAAACCCGAACUGCAUAUUAACAGAUGCACUUCAGAUUACACGACUCUCACACAGGCGUCCAGCAUGUGAUACCGGCUCUGGGAUAGAGUUUCGCUCAACUUGAAAAUCUGUGACGGGAGAUUCUCCUUUUUUUUGUAUUUGUGCUCUCCUGAGAGGAUCACGGCCAUGUUUCUUUGUGCACUCAGUGAAGAAGAAUCGCCAAAUAUACAAAUAUAUAUAUAUAUGAAUUUUAUGACCAAGUUGACCACGCCACUGUUUGCCACUGAUCGUAAGGCUCAUGCUUUGUACUGAAAGAGUAUUUAUUAAUAAUUCCAAACUGAAGUAUGCUCCUUCAGUGAGCUCAUUCUAUACAAUUCUAUAUUCUCACAUUGCCUCAACGUGAACUGAGAAUCUGCCUUGCAGUUAAAUAACAAGGCUUUAACUAAGUCCAAGUCCAGUCUGCUGUAAAGCCCCAAAUGAAGAACAGUUAAACAGUUCUGUAUAAAAUGAGAUUUGUGAUUAAAAAAAAAAAGAUCACCAAUAUUCCCAUCCAAAAUAUAUUUAUAAAUAUAAAUCUAUAUAUUUUUCUCUUUAAUGCUUCCUAAGAAGCAUAAAAGCCUGUGUUUUUGUGGUCGUGAUGUGACUGUGGCAGUGUAUAAUAGCAGUACGUGUUCAUUCUGCUGCUGCUGCUGUUGUGUAUGUCCAGCUGAGCUGGUACACCGGAGCUCAGUUCAUCUCCUGUGUGCCUCCCCUUCCCACCUGGACUGAAAUCUGCAGCCCUGCGAAUAUAAUUUAGAGAAGCCUGUGCUGUUGCAUUGCAGUUGCAUGAACUGAAUUUACCAGGAGGCUGAUUUGCAUCCUGAUGGACACACGUCGAUGCAUUCUUCAUGUUCUAGCAGCUGUCCCUCAUGUGGUUAGCUUGUGUCUGGUGGAAUAUAUAUGUGUGUGUGUAUGUGCGUGCGUGUGUGUUUUUGGAGCUGGAGAAUGCAGUCAGAUAUAUUUUUCUCCGUCACUGUGAUAUGCAUCUCUUACUGCUCCCCCUGCCUGCCUUUGCACAUACCCGCUCCUGAACAAGGCCAUAUUCAAAGGACUACAUAUUUUGUGUAACAAAUAGUGUGUACUAUUAAGUUUAUUUUUUAACAGAGUAAGUCUAGAUGUACAUGUAUAUAGAUGUAUUCGUAUAAUAAUAAGUCUAUAAAUUAAGGAAGAGAAGCCUAUUUCUGAUGGAAUGCACCAAAGCAUUGUCAUUCAGCAGGUUGAGUUUUAUUUGUUUAAGCCACAGGAUAUUUGAGUCUGCUUUUGUCUAUCUGUUUGCCUUCUGUGUCGUUUGCUCGAUUUCUGAGAUUUUUAUUAGCUCUGCGUUUUCUUUUCUUUUUAACAAUUUUUUGAUAUUUUUAGAAAAAUGUGUACAGUUGCAGUGUUUUUCUCUUCACUGCUAUUCCUGUGUUACUAAUCUCACUUAUAUUGGUUACUCGUUUGUUGUCAUGUGAAAUUGAAGCAUAACAUUGCUGUCGCGCAAAAAACUUGUAUCUUCAUUGGUUUUCACUUUUUGACUUUGGCUAUGUUCACAUUUCCAGCCUUUUUUCAGGUUUAUAUAUUUAUAAACUUAAAGUUUACUUACAGAAAAGACAGUGCAAGCAUGAUCUGUUGCAUGUUUAAUGCUGCAUAAUGCGAACAAACAUGAAGAAGGGGAGUCAGAUUAUGGCAACACUGUCAGCGCAGCUAAACAACAGAGGUGAUGUAUAUAAAUACAAAUGUAAUUGCAUAACUGUGUGCACGUGUUCCGCUUCAGGAAUAGAUUUGUUCACAUUACAGACAGAUAGAUAGAGAUUACUCAUCACACAUUUAUGAAUGUGAACUGACAAGAUCCAAAUCCAAACUGAGCAAAAAUAAAUAAAAUCUGACUUUAUUAAUGAGGCUUGUAAUGUGAACAUAGCCAUAUUGUGGCAGUUAAAUCACAGUCACAGUUCUUAACAUAGUUUUAAAAUUUAAAAUGAAUGGACCAAUAGAAAUUCUCCAACAUGUCUUACAAUCAAAUCUUUUUACACUGACUUCCAUUAAAAGCCAAAAAGGCUUUUUCCUUCUUCUGGUAAAAGCUUAAUAUCCGUUUGGAAAGGCGAGUUUUUUGUGUGACAGCAACAAUUAUCGUGUCUGAAAGUACUGCCAGAAUGUCCACAGCAGGAACUAAUUUUAUCUUACUGUAAUGAUGAUAAUUAUGGACAAAUUGUACCGUUUGCCCACAGAUGUCCAGCCUGUGCAAUGGCGGUGAAACCUUAAAGGCCAGCGCAGGUCCCUUUUUACAAAUGAACUCUGUUUCUCUCCCUUUCCCUGUUAAACUGUUUAUCUAGCACUUUUAUACAUUUCAAAUGCUACACAAUGCAGUGUGCCACUAGCAUGACCAAAAAAAAAGAAUCAAUAAAAACAAUAUAUGCAUGCAGCUGUUGCUUGCAGAAUGCUGCUGGUUGAGUUUUUAAUAACAUUCUGCAAUUGCAGUUGGGACCAACUGGGAACACACCCUGUUGUCAAGUACAUUUAGAAAUGUGUAAAGGUGCUAGAUCACAGUCUGAUGUCUGGUAAUGCUUCAGAACUUUGCAAACAAAAUCCUUGUAUUUUUUGUCUGGCCCUAUUACAUACUUAUGCAGAUUUUUCUGAGCUUUUUGUAAGUGCUUUGUGUAAUUUUAGAGCUAUGGAGCAAAAAUGUACUUUGCAUAAACGUAUGGGAAGAAAAAGGACCAGGGAAGGCUAAACUUUGAGAGUAAGAGAUGAAAAAAAUUGGUGCAGAUUUGAGUGUUAGUUUUAAAGGUUAAGAUCAACCCAGACUGGAAACACUUAAGGCUCAUUUAUAAUUGUUUUAUGUAUAAAAAUGAUUGACAGUUUUAGACACUAACCCUUGAACACAAAAAGAAGACAAACACGAGUUGUCUCCUAGGGUUGCAGGGGUCUACCAUAGUUAUCAUACCAUGUAUAUUUGUUUAUUACUGGAAUUGGUGAAAAGAAAGUCAAGCAAACAGAGAAUUUCAUUUGUGCAUAUGCAUCUUCAGCAUAUGCCCACCUCAGCAUUAGCAUUGCGGCUAAAUCUCUCCAGUACUGCUGAGGCCAGCUGCUGUAUUUGUUAGCAUUGUUGCUUUCAGUAGUUUAGCCCAGCUGUUAGCAUUGCAGCUAGCCUAUUAUUCUAGGCUUCAUAAUGCAGGUUCAGAAUAACCUAUAAUACGUAAUAUACACAUAACUGUAAGACUUACUCUUACUAACCAGCCCUUAGCCUGUCAACAACUGUCAACAAGAAAUCCACUAUAGAAAACGUAUAAAUUCUAGAAAUUAUAUCCCAUUGCCGUUGCCCAGUGUUUUAUUUACAGAUUUAUUAUAUCAGACUGUUUACAACAGUUAUGAUACCAUGAAAUUCUCAUACUGUUGCAACCCUACAUAAUCUGUAUUCACAUUUGUAUUUAACAUUAAGUAAAAAUGAGCCUUUAGCCAGUAUAACCAUACUUCCACAGUUCUAAUGCUGUUUCCAGAUUUUGUCGAUAUUCUAGCAGCUGCACUUUGAAAAAGCUACAGUAUGUAUUUGACUUUUUAUUAGACAAUCUCUCAGUUCUUCUGCAUGUUGAGUCCGAGUCUAACUCGUGCCGUGUUCCUGUGCUGAAAGAAAGGCAUUCUUGGUGGCAUUGUGAGAGCUUACAGUCAAAAUGGAGUUAAGAGUAACACCUAGGUUCCAGAUCCUCUAGUUUGCUCAAUAUUUUUGAUAUUUCUUAGGCCGUCUUUAACACCAGCUUUGUCCCUGAGGCUGAAGGCAUAGCGGUGUGCACGAAGGUCCUAUACGGGUCAUCCGCCGUCUUCUUACAUAUAUGCAGUGUCUAUGUAAAGUAGCCUUAUGCCUGCACUAAUUUUAGAUUUCUAUAAAGACUGUGCUUGUAAACACUCAGUGGAUUGUGGGUACUCAAGAGAUUGGUUUCUUUUGCAUUCUUCUUUUUGCAUUCCUCUAGGAAUUUGACUGUUUUUAGUUCAAGCCCGUCUGAUUGAGUGAUUGAUUGGAUUCAGGUAGUUGGACGAUCCAGUCUUAAUCAUGGUGUGCCGCUGCAGUGGUUGUAGUAGAGGGAGGAUGCUCUUUGGGAUGCUGUGGUGUCGGAGCAGUCUUUGGAAAGCUGAUUCUGGAUGUUGGUGUAGGACAGGGGGUCAUCAGUUCUGGACUAUUUGGAUCAUUACUUUUUAAUCAGACACACUUAUUAAACAGAUGAGUCAAGUCUGAACUCCAGGACCAGAACUGAUGACCCUCAUUUAGUCCGUUUCAUUAGUUAGUUUGCAGUCAAAGGGCUUUUGGGCAGUCACUGACGUUCCUUGCUUGCGUCACGUUACCUUUUUAAUGCUUAAUAGUCUGAGACCAGUGCUGCUUCCAAAACCACAUACUGUGCUGAUUUGUGUGAUGUUUUAAGAAGUUCAUCAGAGUAUCAUGGGUAUUGUCAGUACUAAUGAAUAGUUGAUCAAGGUCCAUGUACACUGUACUAUGUUCUGUUGUUUCACAUUGUAAAAAAGAAAAGAAAAAGAAAUGGCUUAAUUUUACAAACUAAUCAUUUAUCUACAAAUAACAAACAGAAAUGUAAUACACAUUUGUACUUCAUUUAUCCAAAUCUAAAAUUUCCUGUCACUUCAAGUAAAGAUAUGAAUAUACAUAAUGUAUAGGUCUGGAAAAAAAUAAGAGACCACUUUAGUUUCUGAAUCAAUUUUUCAGAUUUUGCUAUUUAUAGGUAUAUGUUUGAAUUAAAUCUACAUCGUUGUUUUAUUCUAUAAACUACGGACAACAAUUAUUCCAAAUUCCAAAUAACAAUAGUCAUUUAGAGCAUGUAUUUGCAGAAAAUGAGAAAUGGCUGAAAUUACAAAAAAGAUGCAGAGAUUUUAGAGCUCAAAUAAUGCGAAGAAAACAAGUUCAUAUUUAUAAAGAUUUAAAAGUUCAGAAAUCCAUAUUUGGUGAACCAUUUUGGCAUGUUCUCCUCCACCAGUCUUACACACUGCUUUUGGAUAACUUUAUGCCACUCCUGGUGCAAAAAUUCAAGCAGUUCAGUUUGAUUUGAUGACUUGUGAUCAUCCAUCUUCCUCUUGAUUAUAUUUAGGUUUAGGUUUUCAAUUUGGUAAAAUCAAAGAAACUCAUAAUUUAUAAGUGGUCUCUUAAUUUUUUCCAAAACUAUAUAUAUAUAUAUAUAAAAUUAUUUUAUUUAUUUUUUUAAUAGAGGCUUACUGCAUACAACAUAUCUUUUAUUUUCUUUUUCCAUAUUGUUUCAUGUUUAUGAAGAUCAAAUCUAUGCAUGUCAAAUAUACAAAAAUCUAUACAACACUUAAAUGCUCACACUGUGUUAAAACAAGCACUUUUGAUAGUAUGUGGUUUUGGAAGCAUUCCAGGUAUGGCUACAAAGAAUCUUGGCUUGUCUUAAAUGUGUAGAUCAGACAAUCUUGGUGUGCUCUCCUGUAUGUGAGAGAACGGUGGAGGUACAUCAGCAGUCAGGGACGUGAGAAGAUAAAGAUUUUAUGAAGUAUGUUAGAUAAAACCAGCGCAGGUCGCUGCUGCAGAGAUGAGGUGAUGCAUUUUUAAUUUAGCCUUUUAUUCAUUUUGUGUAGCAUUUUGAGAGGUUCUCUUUCCAUCCGGAGCCUCUCAGGAUGUGGGUUUACUGAGAGUGCUGGGAGAGCAGUAGCAUCCAUAGCUGUGAUUUCCUAACCCAGCCCUCAGACUCCGUAUAUCUGUUCCAUCUCAGUCCUGAUCGGCCAGAUUGCAUCUCCAAACUGGCAGCCUGGAGUGGUUUUGCAUGCUUAUUGCCUGCAGGAUUGAACUUAUUACACGUGUAGAUCUGUAUUAAGUUUGAGUCCGGGAGGACUGAGCUGGGACACACCGAGGAAACCUGUGAUUUAAAAAAGAUUGAGUUGAUUUUGAUCAGUUAGUUAGUUUCUACCUAAGACCACACAAGGUUGCGAAAGAUUUUAGAUCAUGACUGUGGAAGCUAUUUUCUUGAAAUGUGAGAAAUGUUUUUUCUAAAAAAAAAAAGAGGAAAAAAAGAAAGCAAAAACUAUUUUCAUAUGUUACAAAUGCAUGCGCAACUGUUUUAUGCACGCUUUUGACCUCUAACUGCACUGUAGAAUGAGACUUGCCAUCAAUGUAUUAAAUGAAAACCAACUGCUGAGUUCAUUAAAGCGCAGUUCUGUUCUCUGCCAGAGAGGGGUAGCUGUUGAACAGCUAAUAAGAGCUAAUACAGAGGUCUUAAGACAUGGAGGCGAUAAAAAAAAAAAUGUUCUCUAUUCCGUUUUCUGUGUCAUUAUGUGCUUGAGCUUGCUAUUGUUUGCUAGAUCUAGCUUUAUUUCUAGGUUGAAUAUGGAAAAAUGUUUGCUUUUUAAGUCAUACCUUUACAAUCGUUAUUCUUACAUUUUCUUUUUUGUUUCCUUUUUUUUUUGAUAACCAGGGAAUCCAUAAUGUUGUAAAUAAUUUACCUAAACCAUAGGUGCUUCUAACAGAAUAUUUUUAAGACUGUAUCAUCAUGAUAUUUUACAGAAAAAAGAAAAAUAAAGAAUUUAAUUGAAUGUG